UAAAGUGUUCUGUGAUUAGUGAUUACUGAUUACAUCCACCUGUCAUAGUCACUAGUCAGCUGAUUUUAAAAAGUGAAUAAAUGUUAUUAACAUAUUAUCGAGUAGGUAACGGCGAGUGUUUGAGUAUAAUAGAUCAAUUUAACUAAAGAAGCAAUUAUUUUCCCCACUCUUAAAAACAAUACAAUACUGAAUUGUUUUUAAAGUCUUAUUCUGUAAACUGUUUGGACUUUAGACUAUUUAAACUUGGAUAUGAAUACUUCAGUGUAGCUAUCUAUCAUUCUGUUUAUUUAAUUUUUUAAACUAUGUCUCAACCACACAGAAAAGCUGUACUAAAUCUCUACAAAACAUUAUUGUUUUUGGGCAAGGAUUGGCCUCAGGGUUAUGACGUGUUUAGAAAAAGGUUGCACAAAGUCUUUUCCAGGAACAGUGAGGAGACAGAUCCAACUAAAAUUACAACUAUGAUAAAACAUGGUGAAUUUGUUGUUAAAGAAAUAGAGGCCUUAUAUAAAUUAAAAAAGUACAGGGCAAUGAAGCGAAGAUAUUAUGAUGACAAUAAUUGAUAUAAGAAUGGUUAUUUGGUAAUAUAUUGAAUAUAAAUCCCUCAAAUAGUUACCAUUACUAUAAUAUUAUUUAUCUCAAUAAUUGAGUUAAUAUAUUGCAAGACAGAUAAAUAACCUUAAGGCUUUUCAUAAUUUAUACCUAAUUAUUUAAAUAAUAUUGGUUAUUUUUGUAUUUGUAUUGAUAUCUGUUACCUUGUAACAUAUCUAUUUAUAUGAUAAUCAUUAUGAACUCAUUCACAAACAAACUUGACAGAAACAGAAAGUUUUGUAAAUGAAUAAGUAUAUACAUGCAGUGUUUCUAGGACAAUACAAAAUAGGUACCUUCAUUAUAAGAAGAAACACAUUUUAAAAGGCUGGCAAUGCUCCUGUGAUUCCUCUGGUGUUGCUAGAUAAUGUGGGAGGCGGAGAUUACUUUACACCAGGUGGUCAUACACUCUUCAAUAAAAAAAGGCCAACAUUUUCAAUUGACCCAGUGCUGUUUCUGAAUACAGUUGUAAAGUGUUGCAGUGAUUAAGAAUAAUUACUAAAUAUAAAAUUCAAAACAUAUUUUAAGAGAAACUUUGUAUUAUGUACUUAUUGGAUAAUAUUUAAAAUAGUGAAUUUGUGAUAUUGUCAGUUCUUAUUAUUAUAUUUUGUACUACUGUUUUUUAAUGAUGGUUAUUAAUAUACUCAUAAAUUACUAUCAAA